AGAUCGCCCGCAGCUUCUGCUUCAGGAGGCAUUUCCAGCCCCAAAGGAAAGAAGGACUAGUGUGGUAGACCCCAGAGAGAGCGAUCCCUCCUUCAUUACUGCCCCCUGCCCCCCAGCUGCCAGGACAUGGGACAGAGCCCUUCUCAGGGUCAUCUGGCGAGGAUGAGCAAACGGAGCCAGCCCGAGCGCAGAGUGGCGGCGAGGGCUCCCGCGCAGGACUGCUCCGGCCAGCCGCCGCCGCCGCCGAGGAAGGACGUGGAGCUGCUUCUGGUGAAGGAGCAGAAUGGGGUCCAGUACACCAGCAGCAGCCUCCUGCCCGCCGCCUCCAGCCUGCGCUACAGCGCCGAGGGGCAGCCGGAGCGGGAGACCUGGGGCAAGAAGAUCGAUUUCCUUCUCUCGGUCAUUGGAUUCGCUGUGGACCUGGCCAAUGUCUGGAGAUUUCCCUACCUCUGCUACAAAAACGGAGGGGGUGCCUUUCUUAUCCCCUACAUCCUCUUCCUAAUCAUUGCUGGAAUGCCCUUGUUCUACAUGGAGUUAGCACUGGGACAGUACAACCGGGAAGGGGCUGCUACAGUGUGGAAAAUCUGUCCAGUUUUCAAAGGUGUAGGCUAUGCUGUGAUACUCAUAGCUCUUUACGUGGGUUUCUACUACAACGUUAUCAUAGCUUGGUCUCUGUAUUAUCUGUUUUCAUCAUUCACAUUUGAGCUUCCCUGGACAAACUGCGGCAACAGCUGGAAUAGCCUAAACUGUACAGAUCCCAAACUCUUCAACGCCUCGGUGCUUGGCAAUGGCACCAAGUACUCCAAGUACAAACUCACUCCUGCUGCCGAAUUUUAUGAACGAGGUGUACUGCAUCUGCAUGAAAGUGGUGGAAUCCAUGACCUUGGCUCGCCCCAAUGGCAGCUCUCGCUGUGCCUCUUGGUGGUAGUAAUAAUUCUUUUCUUUAGUCUGUGGAAAGGAGUGAAGACUUCAGGAAAGGUUGUGUGGAUAACAGCCACUUUGCCUUACGUUGUAUUAUUUGUAUUGUUAAUCCAUGGAAUCACAUUGCCUGGUGCAUACAAUGGAAUAAAUGCUUACCUUCACAUAGAUUUCAGAAGGUUAAAAGAAGCUACGGUAUGGAUUGACGCAGCCACUCAGAUAUUUUACUCUUUAGGAGCUGGGUUUGGAGUUUUAAUUGCAUUUGCUAGUUAUAAUAAGUUUGACAACAACUGUUAUAGGGAUGCUUUGCUGACUAGUACAAUCAACUGUGUCACAAGCUUCAUCUCAGGAUUUGCAAUUUUCUCUAUACUGGGCUACAUGGCUCAUGAGCACAAAGUGAAAAUUGAAGAUGUAGCCACUGAAGGAGCUGGAUUAGUUUUCAUCCUUUAUCCAGAAGCCAUUUCAACUCUUUCAGGAUCAACAUUUUGGGCAGUGGUAUUCUUCAUAAUGCUUCUCACACUAGGCAUUGACAGUUCUAUGGGUGGAAUGGAAGCUGUCAUCACUGGGUUAGCAGAUGAUUUCCAAAUACUGAAGCGGCACAGAAAGCUUUUCACAUUAUGUGUCUCCUUUGGCACUUUCCUAGCGGCUCUCUUUUGUAUCACCAAUGGUGGAAUUUACAUCCUCACACUACUGGAUACAUUUGCAGCUGGGACUUCAAUCCUGUUUGCUGUUUUAAUGGAGGCAAUUGGAGUGUCCUGGUUUUAUGGUGUGGACAGAUUCAGUGAAGAUAUCCAACAAAUGAUGGGCUUCAAACCGGGCCUCUACUGGCGACUGUGUUGGAAAUUUGUUAGCCCUGCUUUUUUAUUGUUUGUGGUGAUAGUCAGUAUUAUAAACUUCAAACCUCUGACCUAUGACGACUACACCUUCCCUCUCUGGGCAAAUCGCAUUGGCUGGGGGAUAGCAUUAUCUUCAAUGAUCCUUGUGCCUGCCUACAUUAUCUAUAAAUUUCUGAAUGUGCGUGGGACCUUUAAGGAAAGACUAGCUUACUGCAUCACACCCGAGAAUGAACACCAUCUUGUGGCACAAGGGAACGUGAGGCAGUUUAAGCUUCAACACUGGCUAUCAAUAUGACAACUGACAGGUUGAGGAAAAAGCCAAUAUAUUAAACUAAACUGGGAUUAAAUGAAAAGUCAAGUUCAAAGCUCUCUUGAUUGUGCUUGGACCAGGCUGGCUCAGAGCUCAUCUACUGAUUCCUUUGAGGGAAGACAGCCUCUGCUCCCUGUUUUCUCUAUUACUUGGUUUCAAAUGAACUUACAGACUGGUUUUCCAUUUCCUUAUAUCUUUCAGUGCCAUGAGAUCCAUACUUGAGCAAAUUUGUGAGCUUUGAUAGAGAUAGAAGUGGAGGAGGGAGCAGAAAAUCAUCAUUAAUUAAAGAAACUCUUGUCUUGGAGAAAUAAAUAAAAAAACAUAAUUCCUUUAAUAAUUCCUGCCACAACAUUGUUUAGAGACCAACUAUAUACUCAGAGAUGGAUGCAUCUCAAUUAUGAGACAAGAGUGACUUUAAGUGCACAUUCAUGCCAUUUGCUUUCUUUCAGGACUAUCCUUUGGAUAUAAUUUUGCAUCCUUCUGAAGUAAAGACUCAGUGCUUCACUUUCAGUGGUUUGUUAUUAGUCUCUUCUUUUGGUGAAGAAGGUUGUCUUUGCUGUAUAUGUCUGUGCCAUUUUCUGUGCAGUUGAACUAUACACACGGAAAAGCAACAGGGAUGGAAUUAAAUUCCUAUUGUUGUGGCUAUUGAGUACAGAAAGUAGUUUUAACAAUACACUGUACUUAACAAUGCAAACAUAUUCCUUUAUGUCAGCUAUUGAAAUGGCUUUAUUUAUCACAUGAUCCGUAUUCUACAGACUUUGAGUUAAGCACCAAAAAUAUUUACAAGUAGUCAGAUUUUCCUUCUACAUUCUGUUAUAUUGUGUGACAAAGAAUGUACAGUAUAUAUAAAUAUAUAGGAACAAAGGCAAUGAUCUUUAGAAUAAGCCACGCUAUCCAGUGGCACCAAAAUAUCAAAUGUUGGCUUUGUGCAAGUGCACUAUUAUUCUAAAUGUCCUCUAGGUUCAACUGCCAGAACGUUUUAAGAGUUGUGUAGAACAUCUUGGAUGGAGGGGUCUUCUAGGCAUAACUGAAUUAUCUAGGCCUACUCCCUCUCUUGUAUAUUUCAAGCAGCUUUAUGCCAGCUAGAAAAUACAGAGCAAUCUUAGUGUGAUUGGGUGCUGUUCUGUAUGGUCACUGUUUUAAAGUCAUAUCUUCUCAGUGAUCACUAGAUUGCAGUAACUGGGAACUACUUAUUACAAGAACUAUUCUAAAUUUUAGAGAUAGCAGGUUCUCAGUUGAAUCUAGUCUGGAGUUAGAGCCUUAAUGCUGAAUUUCUUUGCCUUUAUAAGUUCAAUUCAGUUUCCUAAUGUUUUUUAAAAUAUAUGUAGCGUCUCCUUUUUUAAUCGUUAUUUAUAUUUUUUUUAAUUCUUCAUUUUUUAUAAUAUCAUCCUGGAAGUCUGAAAAUAAAAGUUUUCCCUAUUGAUUUUGUCCUUUUCCAUUUAACCACCAUUGACUUCCUUCCAACCCCCGAUGUUUCUAAUAGAAUUGAAAUAUAUCUGCUUCUCUUUUUUACUUUAUUCUUUAUGUCCCAGCAUGAUUGAAAAGCCAGAAAUAUUUAACAGUUCUUAAAAAUAGCUUCUUUUCUAUUUUCAGUGUCUAAGUGACAAAGUAUUGUCAUUGUCUUCUUUUCUUCUUCAAAACACAGUGUUUUAAACUGAAAGGGCAUUGUCAGUUUGUUACCCAAGCUAAUGAACAGUAACCUGGCAGGACAGCUAUGGUAAUUUAUAUACAAAAAUCAAGGAGUUUAAAAUGUUAAAAUUAAAGUACUGUAUUUACCUAAGAGUCCAAACAACAUCUUCUAUAAAGAGGAAAAUAAGUUUAGAAUUCUUUUUUAAGUGGUCAUUAUAUCGUCACUCUAAUCAACAUUGCUUCUUAAAAUUAUGCUGGGGUCCUUAUUUUGUAGAUAUAAAUCUUACUUGGAGAAUGGCAUAGCUUGCGCAGUCAAUGUUCUGAGGUGACCGAAAAGCGUCUCAGAAUGGUUAUGGUGAUCAAAUUGAGAAAUACCAGAGGACUGCUAAAUGUGCAAAUCAUCAUGUCUCAUCAAGUCAUAUUCCUUUAGCUCUGCACAUCAGUGGUAAACUUACAGGCUAAUAAGCUAUGGCAAUGUUUACUUGUGAAAAUCUGCCAAUAUACAGUGAAAUGGCGGCCGAUGUAAUACUCUUACAUCCUAAAGCCUUUGUGGUUUUUCCUUCUUCUAUCUAACGGCUUGUCUGCACUGGCACUUUACAGCGCUGCAACUUUCUCGCUCAGGGGUGUGAAAAACACACACACCCCAGUGCAGCAAGUUUCAGCGCUGUAAAGCACCAGUGUAAACAGUGCACCAGUGCUGGGAGCUACUACGCCUCUUGUGGAGGUGGGUUUUUUUGAGCUCUGGGAAAACUCUCUCCCAGUGCUCUGCUGUGAGUAUACAAGCCACAUUCAAGUGCUGCCGCAGCAGCGCUUUGUGUUGCCAGUGUAGACUAGCCCUAAAGGACGUUGGAGCUUGCUCCAACCAGCAUGUUAGGGGCCUGAUCCUGCAAGUACUCACUGGGUUCUUACUCUGGUAGUAAUAGUAAUUCUUACUACUGUGAAUAGUUUCCACAGGUGGCUAUGCCCAGGGCUAGGGUGAUUCCUCAUUAAAUUAUUAUUGAUUUGUAUUGUGGUAGCACAUUAGGACCCUACUUAUGGGGCAGGACCCAAUUGUGCUAGGCACUGUACAAACACAGAACAAGAAAAUGGUCCCUGUCCAAAGAGCUUACAAACAAUCUAAGGGCUCGUCUAUACUUGAAAUGUUACGGUGGCACAACUGCAUCACUUCAGAGUAGACAUUCCCUAUGCUGACAUGAGGGUUCUCCGCUCGGCGUAGGUACUCUAUCUCCUGGAGGCAAUAGCUAGGUCCUAGCACUGUCUACACUGGGAGUUAGGUCAGCUUGCACAUGGGUGUGGAUUUUUCACACCUCUGAGUAACAUAACUGGGUAAACCUAACUUUUUAGUAUAGACCAGGCCUAAGUAUAAGACAGGAGAUAAUAGGUGGAGGUGAGAGACAGAGGAAUUCUGUUGUCAAUGGAACUACUCAGGAUAGGAAGUGCUUGCAUGAUUGGUCCUUAUUUCAGAGUGUCAGCCAGAAGGAGUCUCUCACAAUUAUUACGAGGCAUUUCUUCUGCCCCAGAGAUGGAAAACGUUGUCUCUGAUUCUCCAUUAAAUGAGGGAGCAAUAUGAGUCACUUUAUCACAUCUCUUGGAUGACAGAAAAGUGUGUUGCUAUUAGAUGCAACCUCAGGGCCUGCUGAGUAAUGAAAUACUUUCAAGGAAGCCAUGAUUGAUUGUGUGAACAAGGUGCUAAAGACUCACUCUGUUCUUUGUAAGACAAUAUGGACAAUAUGUCCAUCAAAGAAGCCAUCGAAGUCCAUCAAAAAUGUCCAUCAGUCAGGAAUUAGAGAGAUUUGGUGCCACAUCCUACUCCUUUCAGGUACCAUCUCCCCAGUGUGUUCCUGUGUCUCACUGAGGAUAGUAGAAAAUGCCUCGCACGGAGUCAGCUUCUUUAGGCUUCAACCACAGCAGUUAUGGAAGAUUGCUUAGGCAAAGCAGGCUCACCACCUCUGUGAGGUGGCUGAGCUAAAUGGCUCCCACCAUAACAGAACCAAUGUGUCUGACACAUCCAGCCAUGCAGCAACUCACUAUUUCCCACACAGACACACUUGCCUGAGAGAGCAGACACUCCCCAUGGCUUGGAGCAGUUCUGUGAGACCCAUUUCUGAAGGCACUGGACACUGGAGAGAAAGAGUCCAUCCAACUCCAGUACAUGCUUAUUUAGGGAGAGGCAGAGUCUCAUAAAUCUCAAGAUUAGCAAAGCCUAAAGUCUCUUAAAUGAAUGCCCCUCUUACGCCAUUCCUUGUCACAGCUCAGUAAUUCCUGGGACCUCUUCGCAGCCUCUGCAGAGGAAUAAAAAUUCCUUCCCCUCCUAUCGCCUAGAAACAGACUCCCUCAGAAGAGGGCUAUGACUCCAAGCUCAAACUUCUGUCACUUCACUUCACUGCCCCCACCCCAUAUAUUCCCCCACAGAUCCCAAACUCUGAUGAUACCCCACCACACACACAAUCCCUAGUAGAGUAAGAGGUGGAAUGGUAACCCAUUUUCUGAUAGAGGAAAGGCCCUGUUCAUCUGCACCCCCAGAUGCAGCAUUAUCUCUCCCUUUAAAAUGUGCUUGCUAGUUCUGUAGAUUGGUGAGCCAGUGCGGACGCUCACCUUGGUCUGAGGGAAAGGGUGAAGUGACUAUUGUAGGGAGCAUAGUGUAGGGCUAAGCAGAUUUAUUUGAGAGCUUUGGAAGUCAUUGUAUGGCUACUCUGCAAAACCAGUGAGUUCUUAACUCAGGUUGGCAUUACUGCAUCAGCUAAGGUUAAAACAGCAACGAAGGCACUGCAGCUCAACUUUUAAGUCAGCCCAAAUUCAACCCCAUCCUCGCAUAUAACCUUUAAUUCAAGCAGCUAACAUGAGUUACAAGCCAAUUUGCUGUGUCUUUGUUGCUAUUUUAACCCAAGGUAGCAAACACAUGUUAGCUAAUCCAAGGUAAAAUCACACCUUUUUGUUUUUUAACUUGUGCUCUAUGACUUGUUUCAGAGCCAGCCAGGAGGGGGGCUCCGUGCCAUGUCUCCUGCUCCUGGGCAGUCUUUCACUGUCUGCCUGACACUGAAAUUAGAGCCAGGCAAAAAUUUUCAUGCAAAGCUUUUUCUGAAAAAACCAGAAGUUCGCUAACACCAAAACAUGUUGCAAAUUCAUCUCUGUUUCCCUGAAAUAUUUUCACUGGAGAAAAAAAUUCUGAAAUUCAGUCUAUCUUUUAUGAAACAAAAUAUUUCAAUUUUUUGGUUCAAAACUACUUUUCAUUUUAAAAUUUCCUUUAAUUUUAUUUAAAAACAAUAAAAAAUAUUUGAAAAUGAUCAAAAUCAACAUAAAACUUAUCUUUCUUGAAAAUAAACACUUCAUUUGACUCUAAACUCUUUUUUCCCAAUUUUUUGGAAUUGCCAGCAACCAAAAAAAGUCCAUUAUUUGCCCAGCUCUAACUGAAAUUUAGGACCCAGCCAUUAUCCACACUGUCUCACCAAGCCACAGAAAACCAACUAGCAGGUAAGACGAGAACUUGCUUUCCCUUCAUAUUCUUCUACUGCAGCUCAGCAGUAAUGCUGUGAGUUUUCCAAAUAUCUGCAGCUUUCCAUCACUCCAUGGUUAAAGCCCUUGAGACCUAGAUUUCUAAUGGAAAUAUAGAGAGCCGUUUAAAUCAGUAAUCCAAAAAGUACCAGUAUGAUUUAAU